UCUUCUACAUUAAUUUAUGUGCCCGCAAAAAUCUCAACUAUGAUGAAUGCAUUGUGGAUAGCGUCAACAAGGCAAAGAGUAAGGUCUGUACAGGGAUGUCGGAAUUUGACAUUUCUCCGAUCAAGGUUCUGACUAUUGAAAUAGCUAUUUACAGCACCGAUAGUCCUAAAUUAAAUCCCAAAAAUUCAAAAGUAAGAGGAUUUUGCGAUUUCAAAAUAAAGUCUAUUAACAUAUCCGCUGACCAACUUCAAUUCGAUGUUGAUUUCAGGCUUAAACAUCUUGAAAUGGACUCCACAUAUGACUUCGACAUACGUUUAUUGGUGCAACUUGAUAGUAAGAGAUUGGUUCAUACUUCUAUAG